CGCCACUUCUGGCACUCUCGAGAGUUCAUGUCCUCUAGGCUUCGAUUUGUUUUCGCGCCAUUUCUCCACCAAGUUAGAUUGACUUCUGAUGCGAGUGGCUGCAGAUCAGUUGUUUCCACAUUCCUGACCUGGCCACUACUAAAUUUCUUGUUCCCGAAACCAAAGACAACAAUACCUAGAGUUUGCAAUUUGUGGCGGUUAACGUGUCACUUAGGAUUUGCAGUGCCGUUGUCUUCUGUUGUAAACUUGUCGCGGCCAUGAAGCGCGCGACAGUCACUGGUCUCCUGGAAGCAGUUACUCCAAUACUCCUUCUUCUAUUCCUGGUGUACCAACAGGCAGAGUGUGUCGGGCUGUCUCACCAUCAGAAAACCGCUCGUUUAACUACUUUCGGGAAUCAAAACGCGGGCCCCAAGAACCAAUCAACAUCACGCCCGGUACACAUUUCAGGGAAAGAGUGUAAAACCAACGCAGACUGUGCAGGAAUCGGAAACACCACGUGCAUGAGGCAUCCUGACGACACAAAAAAGCGGUGUCUUUGUGGAGAGAAGAAAUCUCCGCUGAACGGUGCCUGUCACCACUCCAAACAAGGCCUUCAUCUCAAAUGCAACGAGGACGACGACUGCAUAUCAGGUGCAGCAUGUAAGGCUCCGACCAACAGCUCCACCAGUUCCAAUAUACCCAAAACGUGUCUCUGCAAAGAAGGUUUCGUAGAAGAAGACCAUGAAUGCAGCGGUACUGUCUUCACAACCGUUCCAUGCAUUGGGUUCGUCUUCCUUCUGAUAUUCUAUCCAGUUCUUCAAUUAAUGCGUUAAGUUUUGCAGUUUGGUUCAGUGAAGAAAUAUCUGAAAACGUGGAGAUUCAUAAACAGCUUAUGCACAUAUCAUUGUUUUAUAGAAACGUCUUCUGUUUCAUAAAUUUGUGAUUAGGUGUUUGACAUGGAAUUACUCUUAGCUUCAAUAUAUGAUGAUAAAUAAUACAUCUAAAGAGAACAUAUCUAUCAUUUGUUAAAAUGGGAUGUUCACAUGCCAUGAGUAGGAGAAUACUCUGCAACCGUUCCAAAGAAGAGCACUUGUAGAUGACUGGAGGCAAGUAUGGCAGAUCAGAAUUGCCAUAAUCGGGCAUCCUACAUCCAGUGCUUAAUUUCUAAAUUGAAAGGUGUAGAGGCAUUCUUCCUUUUUUAAUCCUGGCAACACUUCACACACAUAUUUCAUACAGAUUUCAUGAUUUCAAUCAUGUGGAAGAGCAAAAACUUUCAUUUUAAGUAUGUGUAAGCGGUUGUUUUCCAUUUUAAACAUACAGUGACACACAGAUUAUUACAACAAUCUAUCACGUCCUUUUACCUGCUGUAGAAGUUGUUCCAAUAUGAAAUGAUGUACUCAGUAUUAUUGCAUAAAUUAUUUUAAUAUUAUACAUAUAUAAAUUCUUUGGUUUGGAAUUAGAAGUUUUUGAAGUGAAGUAAUCUCUACAAGUUCUGAAAGAUUUCAGAUCACAAUGGACAUAUUUUAGUCCCACUUAACUUUGUGACUAUUGUUUAGUCCGAAUCAAAGAGCUGCUUUGGAAGAGAUUCUAAAGGUUUCUUACUUAUAUCUAUUUAAUGCUGUCACACACAACUGAGAUAAUUUCAUAGUUUUGUAAAAAAGAUUUAAUUAGAGACUGGAUGAUAAACAAAUAUUGGUAUCAAUGAUUUAAAUAGAUAUAAGGACAAUGAUACGUGGAUUGUAGGUUGAUCAGUUUUAAAUAUUACCUUAAGGGUUAUUCAUAAUGUUACAGCUUAAGUACAAAACCAACAACGAGGGAAGGGGAAAUUUGGGUUGGAAAUAAAAAUCAUUUGGUGGUAAGGAUGCCAUAUGUACAUCCAAAUGUGUUAGAAAUAAAAUAAAGAUAUUGUAAAAUGCAGAAAUAAAUCACUGAUGAACAAUUCUUACAUCUUUCAUGGUAAUUGGUGGAUUUCAGACAUGCAGUAUCAGCAUGUCAAUAAUAUUUUACUUAACAUUAAAAUUUAGUCUUUCUAAAGACUUACCACACAUGAUGGUUGGUUUAUAACCGUUUUUUAGCAUUACAAGAUACACUUGAAUAGUGGCUUAAAAUAGAGUGCAGUUGCACCUUCUAUCAAGCAUGACAUCUUAUAAAACUCCUUAAGUAGUCUCCCACCCUCAACUGAAGAAUGAAAUCCAAAAUAUAAUAGAAAUGUCAAACAACAUAUUUCUAAAUAUUUGGAUAUCUGCUUAUACCUUUAUACACAUUUCAAGGUAGAAUUUAAUUGUGACUCACAAACUGCUGAUGUCAGACCACAUUUACAUUAAUAUUUCAGGUACUUUAGUUUUUAUGACACCUCAUCACUCAAUCAAUCAAUCAAAACUUAAUAGAAACUGUUGCUGGGAACAUUUUAAUUGCAUUAUGAUGAAGCCCAGUAUCCCAGUCAAUAUAAUGACUGGCCAUACGUGGGGAUAACCUUCACAGAAUCCUCAAGAAGGCCAAAGGUUUUCCAAUUAACCACCACACUCAUACCGGCUCUGGGUUUCUGCAGCCCUGCCCCUUAUCCAAGAGGUACUGGGAGGUAUUCCCCUGAUAUAAAGUGGGUGGGGCUUGAAGCUGACCACUCCCAUCUAGUGAUGAGGAUAAGAAUACAUGGAUCUGAACCUCCAUUCCUCACAUAUGCUUUCAUGGUGUGGUACUUAAUUAAGCACAGGGACUACUUUACAGUAUUCAAGCAAAAUGGGUUAAAUGAUCCCAAAUGCAGCAAUUGGAGACCAAUUUUACAGCACUUAGUUGUGCAUAAAGUGAAAUUAAUGAAUUUAUUUUGUUGCUUCAGUAUUAUCCAAAGAUAAUGUGCAGUGUUGUGGCCAGGGUUGAUCUGUAACAAAUUCAAUUGACAGCGGGCUUCAUUCAUUACCCACUUACUUAACAUUCAAAUCUCUUAAACACACGUACGAAAAAUCUGUGUGCAUUUCUUUGUAAUUUCUUGGAAAACUGUUUCACAUUCCUAGGUAUUAGUUUUCAUUGCGAUUCAAAAUAUUGUUUUACAAAAUAUUUGAACUUACUAAGUUAUGCUGACAUUCCUGUAGAAUAUCUUUUAAAGACUGAUCAAUGAAAGAGCAAUUCCACUUGUUCUAAUCUUAUGAAGAAUGUAUAAAUAAAACUCAAAUCUCUAUAUAAUGAGCAAAAGGGAAAUUCCCCAAUGUGCUUUCCUAGAACAUAAAUAUUUUAUAUAAAGACAAUUUAUUUAAUUUUAAACAAUGUAUAGUUGUUUAAUGGUUGGUAAACAGCUAUGUUCUAUGUGUCUGGUUCAGCUCAAUUUCUGUGCAUAAUCAUAAACUGUACACAGUUAUUUUUGCAAUAUUUGCAGCUAAUGUGAAUAGAGAGAAUGUGUGUUGUAUUUAGUGUCAUUAAAUGCCAAUAUCAAAUU